AUGAUACGUUCAGGUGAGAGGAACGUGGCCGCGGAGACGAUUCAAAGCGAAGCGAUGCGAAGACGUCGUCAAACGUCGUCGUCGACGAGCGAUCAGAACGGUGCUGCCGAUGAGGAGGACGAGUGGAACGAGGACGUGCAGCAGAGCAAGGUAACUGCCGCCAUAGCACCGUCACUUCAGCCGGCCGCUGAAUUCGGUCGUUCGUAUGACUAUGUGCCG